CCGUUGGGUCAUCACCAUCAUCCACUCCAAGAAACCAGCAACCUACAUCAAGCUCAAGUGAAGCGAGCUGACCAGAAUAUAUCAAUCACAAAGCUUGAAGAACAACAGCAUACAGGCUAGCCACCAAUUCGCUCGAUCUCCAAUGGCGGAAAGAGUGACGAAGCUGGCGUCGCAGCGGGCGGUGGUGAUCUUCGGGGUGAGCAACUGCUGCAUGUGCCACGCGGUGAAGACGCUCUUCACGGAGCUGGGCGUGAGCUGGGUGGUGCACGAGCUGGACAAGGACCCCCGCGGGAAGGACGUCGAGAGGGCGCUCGCCGGCAUGGUCGGACGGAGCCCGCCCGUGCCUGCGGUCUUCAUCGGCGGCAGGCUCGUCGGCCCCACCGACAAGGUCAUGACGCUGCACCUCAGUGGCCAGCUGGUGCCGCUCCUCCGCCAGGCCGGCGCCCUUUGGCUCUGAACUGAAGAGUCAGGGACAGCAGUGGGCAGUGGCUGUGCGUGCGUGCAGUUAUGUGUGAUCGCUAGGGAUCAUAUAGUGCGUGCAGUGCAGCUACAUAAUUUUGGAAAGGUCAUCAAACAUAUUAACGGUCAUGAUCUUUCAGUUGUACCUCUUGUUGUCAUAUGACAGAAGGAAAGGAUGCUUUGUAAGGAAGAGCA